AAGUGACAGUAGUGACAGUGCGUGAUAUUUGUCAACAAAAAAUAUUUCAGUAAAAAUGGGAGGAAUGUAAAUAUUUGUUUUGACUUGGAUAUAACUAGAACCAUUCCUUGAUGGUGACAUAUUCAAAAUGCGAAUAUGCAUGGCCUCCGACUUCAUGUUUCCAAACAUGGGUGGUGUCGAAGAACACAUUUUCAAUUUAUCACAGUGUCUUAUAGACAGAGGACAUAAGGUCGUUGUCAUCACCCAUUUGUAUGGCGAUCGUAAGGGCAUCCGAUACAUGACCAACGGUCUCAAAGUUUACUAUCUUCCAAUAAAAGUCUGUUACAAUCAAUGCAUCGUACCGACUAUGGUCUGUAAUGUUCCACUACUCCGUAAUGUGCUGAUCAGAGAACAAAUCGACAUUGUUCAUGGACAUUCGGCAUUCAGUGCAUUGUCGCACGAAGCGAUGUUUGUUGGUAAAUUGAUGGGAUUGCGGGUUGUUUUUACGGACCAUAGUCUAUUCGGUUUUGCCGACCUAUCAGCUGUCAUCACAAACAAACUGCUGGAAAUCUGCUUGUCGACUUGUAAUCAUUGUAUAUGUGUGUCGCACAUAGGCAAAGAGAAUACCGUUCUUCGUGCUAAAGUACCAAAGAAAAAUGUGUCCGUUAUACCGAAUGCUGUAGAUACGGCACAUUUUACGCCGAAUCCAAUUAACCGACAAACCGAUGACCAGAUCAAAAUUGUUGUGAUAUCCCGUCUGGUUUAUCGAAAGGGUGUGGAUUUAAUUGCCGGUGUUAUAUAUCGGUUGCGACACUAUCCGAAUAUACAGUUUAUCAUUGGUGGAGAUGGACCGAAACGUGGUCUGCUCGAAGAAGUUCGAGAGCGAGCAAAUAUGCAAGACCGUGUCACGAUGUUGGGAGCCCUGGAACAUGCAAAGGGGAACUCCACUGACGAGAUGAAUUCCCAUUUUGAAGAUGGGUCCGUGAAGAAUAAGUUUGAACUUUCAAAUGUCCGCGACGUUCUUACGCAAGGACACAUAUUCCUCAAUGCAUCAUUAACCGAAGCAUACUGUAUGGCCAUUGUCGAAGCUGCGUCGUGUGGCCUACAAGUUGUUUCUACAAAAGUCGGCGGUAUACCCGAAGUGCUGCCAUCCGAAUUGAUUUUGUUAACCGAACCAACGGUUGAAUCAGUUUUAAGUGGUGUGAUGACUGCUGUAGAACGACUAAUCGCCGAACGUAAUGCCCGUAAAGGACAAAAUUCUAUCACAAAUGGGUCGCAUAACAUCAUCGGUCAAGCGAAUGGUAAUUCAAGUCUUCAGAAUCGUAAACAGUCAUCGAAAAAUCGGUCGCAAAAAAGUCAACCGAAAGUUUUGUGUCCAUUCGAAUGCAACGAAAUGGUGGCCAAUUUGUACAAUUGGGACAACGUUACGAUGCGAACGGUAAAAGUGUAUAAGAAGGUGCUGAAGGAAAGGGAUCCGCCGUUUGGUGAUAAAUUGAACAGUUAUAUGAAGGCGUGCGUGCCAUACAUGUUGGUUGUGUCAUUCGUGUAUCUACUGUUAAGGUUUCUAGACUGGUAUGAGCCUAGGCAUUUAAUUGAUUUGGCACCGGAUUUGAAAAUGAAAGCUAAAAUUAAGAACCAAAGAAAGCGUGACGGCAACAACGACAAAAUGUAACAUAAAUUCCAUUAUUUAUUUAGCCAUACGUGUUCCCAUGCCAUUGACAGUAUUUUCUGCAAUUAACUUCAGGAAAUAAAACGGUUUUUUUAACGAGAAA